AUUCGUCAGUCUAAGGUCACCUCCGACCGAAACUACCAUGAGUUGAACUCAACCCUUCAGUCCGAGCUUUCUGCCCUCAACUCUAACCUGUCCGAUCUUAAACGAAGGCACAGCGAUCUCCGUCACCAGUUCACUGAGAUGGAAACGAAGUUCAGAUCUGUCAACGAAACCAAGGAUCGAAUCUGUGAAUUGUUGAACAGCAGCAGAGAGCAAACGUGUUCCGAGAACUGGAUCAGAAAUAAAGACCGAUGUUAUUUUAUAUCUGCGAUUGAUGAAUCUUACGAUGCAGCAAAGCAACAUUGUUCAAGAUUUGAUUCACGUCUCCUUGAAAUAAAUUCAAACGAUGAAGCGAAUUUUGUUUACAACUCGGUUCACCAUGGUUACCGGACAUACUGGAUUGGAAAAUGCGAAGACCGGAACGUGGAAUCUAAUCUCCUGUAUACGGUGAAAGAUAGAAAACCCACCUGCACUCUGUGUAAAUUGUACGAAUGGAAUUACAAAUGCGGUGAUGAACACUAUUUCAUCUGCGAGAAUGCACAUAUCGUCAAAAGCAGCGGUCCUAACACCGACCCCUGUGGAACUCCACUGGUAGCCGUCAGCCAGCCAGAAGAGGAUCCCUUUAUUCCCAUUCUCUGUUUCCAUCCGACCAGCCGAUGCUCCACACAUGAUACUAACUGCCCUGUCAGCAGCCUCAUGAGCAGCAAGUUUUCCUUUCGAUUCAUGUUUAAGACGUGCCUCUCUCAAUGCCGGAACAUGUGA